AGCAUUAAUUUUUCAGUACUUCGACGAGUCACAACUAACCAAUCAACCAACAAACCAAUCAACCGACCAAUCGUCCAGCCAGCCAUCCAACACUCUACUACUAAAAACAAAACAAAAAGCCCGAUCGCACGUAGAAAACCUUCUCCUUCGAAACGAAAACAUCCCGUAUUAAGCGCGUGUGCUUGUGUGUGCUAAAGAAAAAGAAGGAAGUGUCCCAUUUACACUAAGAAGAUUACGCAAUCUUAUUAAAGAUGAAGUGUGCUAUUUUAUUUGUUGUUGUUUGCAUCGCCUCCGCCAUGGCUGCGCCAGCACCUCAACAAGAAGUACAGGUUUUGCGUUACGAUUCAGACGUGGAGCCUGAGGGAUAUAAAUUUCUAGUGGAGACUAGCGAUGGCAAACUGCAUGAAGAGGAAGGCAAAUUGAAGGACGUCGGCACGGAGCAAGAGGCGAUUGUAGUGCGUGGGUCAUUCUCCUAUGUCGGCGAUGAUGGUCAAACUUACACGGUCAACUAUAUAGCCGAUGAGAAUGGUUUCCAACCGGAGGGCGCACAUUUACCACGUGUUUAAGAUGAUUUAAAUUGAUCGUUCCUUUGCUUACAUAAAACUAUCUACAUAAAUAAUCCGAACGAGUACUGACAAGUUUGAAUGCAUAACAACAGCAGCAAUACCUACAGCGUUUACAGAGCGGGCAUAUCCAGCGAUUUUAUAUUCAUUGUGUUAACUAGGUUUAAGUACAUACACACAUACGUGUGAAAGAAAAGCAAACGAAAAAAUUAAUGAAGUGCAAGCAUGAAUAAAUAGUGUUAAAGACGUGAAAUACUUAAUCAGAAA